AUGGACAAGAGUUGGAUUGCAUUAGGUAGCACAGUUGAUAGAAGGAUAAGUCGGGCAUAUAAUGAUGGGGUAAUAUCAUUUCUUCGUUUUGCAAUGGCGGUUAUCGAUCGAGAUGGUAAAAUUUUGUGCCCUUGUCGAAAGUGUGUGAAUGUUGUUCGUCAAAAUUUUCAAAUUGUUGAAAUUCAUUUGUUGCAACAUGGGAUUAUUCCAACUUACACUAUCUGGCACGUGCAUGGGGAACCCCGUGAAUCAAAUGAGGCUUAUCAUCAUGAUAUACCCGUUGAGGGCAAUGAGGUUUUGGGAGGUAUUGAUGCCUUAGUGAAAGAUCGAAUAAGAGGGGAAUCAACUAAUACAACUCAAGAGAAGGAGGUUUGCACUUUUGAUAAAUUAUUGAAUGAUGCCAAACAUGAGGUGUACCCAGGUUGCACAAAUUACACUUUGUUAAAAUUUGUCAUCGAGAUACUUAAUAUGAAGGUAACAAACCAUUGGAGUAAUAAGUCAGUUGACAUGAUGCUAAAGUUUUUAACAAAACAUUUACCGAAGGAUAAUUUGGUUCCAAAGUCAACUUAUGAAGCUAAAAAAAUACUGUGUGAAUUGGGUUUGUCAUACGAGCUCAUUGAUGCUUGUGUAAACAAUUGUGUGCUCUUUUGGAAGGGGAAUGCAACACUAGAUAAAUGUCCAAAUUGUAAGGCUUCUAGAUACAAGACAAAUCAUGGUAGAGGAAUUGAUAUUGAUGUCUACAUGAGACCUUUAGUGGAAGAAUUGAAUGAAUUAUGGAAAAAUGGUACAUUAACCUAUGAUGCCUCGACUGGUGAGACUUUCUGCAUGCGUGUAGCUUUAAGUAAGACUGCGUGCAGUAACCAUCGAUGCUACUUGCCUGAUAACCACCCAGAAAGGGGAAAGAGUAGAGCAUAUAAUGGCAAGCAUGAAAAAAGGAAGAGAUCUUUGGUGAUACCGAUAGAAAAGAUUGAAGAUCAAUUGGGCAGUGUGACGGGUGUCACAUAUGGAAAACAUCCAAGCAACAGGAAAAGGCCUCGUCAGAACCCAAAUUGGACAAAGGUAAGCAUCUUGUAUGAGCUACCGUAUUGGAAGAAAAGGAGGCUUCGACACAACAUUGAUGUCAUGCAUGUGGAGAAGAACUUUAGUGAAAAUGUUUUUGGAGCGAUGUUGGGAAUUGAUGGGAAGAGCAAGGAUACAGAUAAGGCACGAAUGGAUUUAGAAGAUAUGAAUAUAAGGAAAGAAUUGUGGCUAACAACAAAUCCCGAUGGAUCAUAUGUGAAGCCGCAAGCCAGCUUCUCAUUGACCCCUACAGAGAGAGAGAGGGUUUCUUUGAUUUCUUGA